AUAGGCGGAGGGAUACGGCCUGAAGUUGUUCGGCUCCAGCCUCUUUGACGCCAGGAGAGGAGCGAGCGGGGAACGAGUGAAAAAAAGGGGGAAAAAAAAAAUCCUGCUUCAUGUUGGUUGGUGAAAACAGAGGAAAGGUCGAAGGACGCUGUGAUAUUAAUCAAAGGUGCUGAACUGUAAAUUUGCUCCUUCCUUGAGUCUAACCUGUCUUUAGCAUGGAUUAGACCAGCUGCAUUCUACUCAAUCUGCAGUUCACCACUGGUUUAAGAGCAGUUCCAAUUAUUGGUUAUUUCCCCACUCGCAUUUGCCCCUUGCAUUAGUUCCCAAGUGGUUGUGACCUUCUUACACCCCCAGCCCCCACCCCACCCCCUCGAACACAGGCCUUCCUGAUCACCAGCAGCUGCGUCCUGCCUCUGUUUCCUGUCCUUGGCCGUGCAAGGCUAAAGUCUUCCACUCCCUAAAUACCUCCCGACUGCAUAUACACACACACACGAAAACAGGCAUCCUCCUGGCCCGGCGCAGCCCGACUAGCGGUCCAGCUCCCUCUUCCUGGUGCAGCGUGGCACGAUGACCUCCAUGUCCAGCCUGUUUUCGUUCACCAGCCCGGCGGUGAAGCGCCUGCUGGGCUGGAAGCAGGGAGAUGAAGAGGAGAAGUGGGCUGAGAAGGCUGUGGAUGCACUGGUGAAGAAGCUGAAGAAAAAGAAGGGUGCCAUGGAGGACCUGGAGAAGGCCUUAAGCAGCCCCGGGCAGCCCAGCAAGUGUGUGACCAUCCCUCGUUCACUGGAUGGCCGUCUGCAGGUGUCCCACAGGAAGGGCCUUCCGCAUGUUAUAUACUGCCGUGUGUGGCGCUGGCCUGACCUGCAGUCGCACCACGAGCUCAAGCCACUGGAGGUGUGUGAAUACCCAUUUGGCUCCAAACAGAAGGAAGUUUGCAUCAACCCUUAUCACUACAAGAGAGUAGAAAGUCCUGUGCUUCCACCUGUGUUGGUGCCAAGACACAGCGAGUUCAACCCCCAGCACAGCCUUUUGGUGCAAUUCCGCAACUUGAGCCACAACGAGCCGCACAUGCCUGUGAACGCCACCUAUCCUGAGUCUUUCCAGCAGCACAGCGGUGGGAGCUCCUUCCCCAUAUCUCCAAAUUCACCUUAUCCACCUUCUCCUGCCAGCAGUGGCACGUACCCUAAUUCUCCUGCCAGCUCGGGUCCAUCCAGCCCUUUCCAGCUACCAGCUGACACCCCUCCCCCUGCCUACAUGCCUCCAGAGGAGUCAAUGGGACAGGAUGGCUCUAAUCCCAUGGAAACUGGCAGCAGCAUGGUGCCAAGAGGAGAUGUGCUGCCUGUAGAGUAUGAAGAGCCAAGCCACUGGUGCUCUAUUGUGUACUAUGAGCUGAAUAACCGUGUUGGUGAGGCUUACCACGCCUCCUCUACUAGCGUGCUAGUGGAUGGCUUCACUGAUCCAUCCAACAACAAAAAUCGCUUUUGCCUGGGCCUUCUGUCCAACGUCAACCGCAACUCCACGAUUGAGAACACCCGCCGCCAUAUUGGCAAAGGUGUUCACCUGUAUUAUGUUGGAGGAGAAGUGUACGCCGAGUGUUUGAGUGACACCAGCAUUUUCGUGCAGAGCAGGAAUUGCAACUACCACCACGGCUUCCACCCCACUACCGUCUGCAAGAUCCCCAGUGGCUGCAGCCUCAAGAUCUUCAACAAUCAGGAGUUCGCUCAGCUGCUUGCCCAGUCUGUCAACCACGGCUUUGAGGCUGUCUAUGAGCUCACAAAGAUGUGCACUAUUCGCAUGAGUUUCGUAAAGGGCUGGGGGGCUGAAUAUCACCGACAGGACGUGACCAGCACCCCCUGCUGGAUAGAAGUGCAUCUACAUGGUCCGCUUCAGUGGCUGGACAAAGUACUAACACAAAUGGGUUCACCCGUGAACCCCAUCUCCUCAGUUUCCUAAUGAUGGGCCCUCCAGGGGCUGGGAGGAUCUUUUUAUCUGGAUAUUUUUUUAAUUAAUUUUUUCUCCAUUUUCGAAAGAAAUGGAGGUCUUAAGGGCUGAACUGUUUACACUAUCUGCAAAAGGGUCAUGAAACUCUGAAGCAGUCAGAACGAUGAGGAAAAAAACUGAGGCACAUCUAGCAGAGGAAAACUCUAGGCGGUGGCAUACAAUGGACUAACUACUGCUUUAGCAGUUGCCUUUCUGUCUGUUUCAAAAUGAUGCUUGUAUGUGUGAUUUUUCUCUACCUGUAGAUAACCUUGUAGUUGAAUGAAACUUAAACAAUUUCACAUAUCUUUACUUCAUCUUACACCAGUCAAAAUGGCAAUCUUUUGAUUCUCUAAGAAUCUUUGUACUUUCUAUGUUGUCUAAUCCCAGUUACUCUCAAGUAAGACAUAGUCUCUCUUAUGUUUACUAUUAGACUCUGCUCACUAUGGUUUGUUUCCUUUUUUAUAGCUUUCAUUGCCUUAAGGCAAAUCAAAAAGUUACUGCUUUUAAAUAAAGUCUAUUUGAUGAAAUUCAGGUGCAUUCUUUUAGCUGAUAUGUUGUUGGCAAGGUGUUUAACAAGUAAGCAUUUACUUUUCACUUUUUACUGUAGCUUACAUGGGUAACUAGAGGUUAAGUAGCACUAUUUUUUUUUUUUUUUUGUUUUGUUUUGUUCUACUUCACCAACUAUUGUAUUCAUGAAAUUCAACCUGGGUUCAGAUUAAAGCAGCCAUGAAAUAAA